AUGGACUCCUCGUUGCUUGAGGUCUGGCAAGCUGCUGCUAGCACGCCGUUCCAACCCGCCGUCGCCAAGGAUUCCCAAUUCUUCAUUGCGUUCCUUCUUCUCCUCAUUGGUGUUGCCAUCACUGGUUUCUUCGCUCUGAACCGUUCCUUCAUCAACAUCACAGCGCUUGGCGUGCCUGCCUCAGCUGCAAUUGCUUCUGCAGCGCCAGUAGAAGUCAUGUCGGCAGCUCUUCCCCAACCCAGUGCGGUACCGCAGCCGCUGUUCCGCGCUGUGGCCAGCUCGACGAGACCGCUCUACCAGUUGCUGAGGACCAUCAGCUUCUCCAACAAGGUCCAUGUUCAACUUCAGGAAGAUGGCAUCAGGAUGACUGACCAUCGUCUAGGUACUGCCUUCCUCGACAAGAAACUAUUUACGUCCUACUCUCUGAAUCUUGCGGAGGACGAGCCAUUGCCCAACUUCCAAAUCACACUCCCAGCACUUCUCGAGACGCUUCAGAUUUUCGGCGCCGUGGACAUUGCGACGCGCACGCAAAAGGCCGAGCAGGACCCGUACCGCAGUAAUCUCCGCAAUUACCGACCAGAUGCUUUUAGUAACCAGACUCUGGGAAUUGGCGGGACUUGUAGCCUGGUAUAUACCGAAGAGGGCGGCCAAUUCAACAUUAUCAUCGAGGAAAGCGGGGUCAAGACUACCGCUAGCCUCACAACCUAUCUGCCGGAAAUCCCAGAGGAGAUACCCUUUGACCGGGAAAACCUGUCUUUCAAAAUCAUUAUGCAGGCACGCUACCUUCUUGACGCCUUGGCCGAGCUUGCACCCACCGGCCCCAGCCGCCUAACCAUAUCAGCCUCGAAGAAUCAACCCUACCUUUCCCUUUCCGGUGCUGGCGACCUGGGGUCGUCCAGCGUGGACUUCGCCAAAGGCCGCGAGCUACUGGAGACCUUUUCGAUCCAGGAUCGAUGGACCCAGACCUACAAAUUCGAUCUCAUCAAGUCUUCGAGCGAGGCGAUGCGGAUUGCUAGCAAAAUUAGCUUCCGCGGCGAUGCCCAAGGCGUUCUGAGCUUGCAGUUCAUGGUUGAGGUGGAGGGCGGCGGAGUCAGCUUUCUGGACUUCCGAUUUGUGCCAUUCAUCACGCACGAGGACGAUGAGGAUGAAGAGGGACAAGAUGAGGAUGAGUGA